CAGGAAAAGUCAUAAGCCGCCUAGUAAACGCAAAGCUGGACCACCUGAUAGUGCAGGAUUUUUGCAACCCGGAUAUUGGUCUAGUGUAAAAAUGUGCUGCGGCACAUUCUUCAAGGGCGCCGGAAACGAGCUGGCGAUAGACAUGACAAACUACAAGCCGUGCAGGAAUCACCAUUCCUCGCAAAAGCGCCAAAAAUCCGUCGAAUCUACGACGACGACGACGACGACGACAGACGUCGUGGUCGCCUCAUCAGUGCUGCCUUCAACUAAAGAUAAGGUAUUUAGUGAUAAUUCCUCAGACUCAGGUUAUGACGAGUACAGUAACCAGGAGAAAAAUAAGGAGAACUCCGAAGACACGACCAACAACCAGGGUAAUAAACCGUCUGCACCAGCGGCGGCGGCGGCGGUGGCGAUGGCGACACCCGGUGGGGCAAAAGUACUUAGCAUCGACAAAGUCCUCAUCAAGCCGAGUUUUGUGCUGAACGGCGCCACUGUGAAGGUCAGUCCUGGUAAUCUCGUUAAGCAGAAUAACAUAGUUGUAAUUAAACCUAAGAAGCAGGUCGUUGCAUUAGGCAACACCUUCAUCGUUAAGUCUCCGACGCCUAUUACGACACAAGUACAACAGGCAGCCAAUUAAUAUUAUAGACACAUUUUCCAUUAAACAUCCCAUUUUAUUUUUCUGUUUGUUUUUCCUAAUGUAUAAAUAUGUACAUUUGCGAUGCAAUUUAUUGCCACUAGUGAUGUAAGUAUUACAAAUUGUACAUGUGAAAUAAUAUUCUAUGACGUGAGAGGCUGGCGAUGUAGUUAAUUAUAAAAAUUAAUAGGUUGUAUACAUAAUUUUAUAUUAAAGAAAGUCAUAAGUCUCGA